CAUGAUGAUGGUGGAUAAAAUCCGUUCUCAUUAUCUUCUGACUUCUCUGCCUCUUCACAACACAUUAAACGAGACCCUUCUUAAUUAAGUUGUUUCCCAUCACUAGCUGAUCUCCUGUCCAUGGUGUGGUAUUCCUGUUCCAUUUCCAGCCAUGGCUUCAGAACAAUAUCCAUUGCUUUGGCUUCUCCUCAUCUCUAUCAUCAUCAGCAUCAUCUCUUUACCUUGUGCUUCAUUAGAUUCCAUUUCUGCCAACCAAACUCUAUCUGGAGAGCAGUUGCUGAGCUCCAGUGGUGGCAACUUCGUCCUGGGCUUUCUCCCAAUAGGUACUAACUCCUCCCAACGCUUCUAUAUAGGCAUAUGGUACAACAAGGUCUCAGAGCGCACCCCAGUCUGGCUGGCUAACAGAGCCAAGCCGGUCUCCAACCCUUCCACCUCUGUUCUCCAAAUCUCCUCUCAAGAUGGCAACUUGGUUCUCUUAGAUCAAUCCAAGUCCCUUGUCUGGUCCACCAAUAUUACCACUACUUCCUCCACCUCCAACUCCACCGUUGCUGUCCUGCUUGACACCGGGAACCUUGUGCUCAGAGAUGGAACAAAUAACUCUUCUAAGAUUUUGUGGCAGAGCUUUGACAAUCCAACCCACACUUGGCUCCCUGGAGGCAAGCUGGCCUUCAAUAAAGUCACUGGAAAGAGCCAGCAACUUGCUUCUUGGAAGAAUUCAGAGGACCCAACCCCUGGGCUUUUCUCUCUUGAGAUUGAUCCUGACGGGACAAGCCAAUACAUUAUCCAAUGGAACAACUCCAGAUCCUACUGGAGCAGUGGCCUUUGGAAUGGUCAAAUCUUCAACUUGGUUCCGGAGAUGACCUCCAAUUAUAUCUACAACUUCAGCUAUGUGAAUAACUCUCAGGAGAACUACUUCAUUUACUAUGUCAAGGAUGAAAACAUCAUCUCAAGGUUCAUCAUGGAUGUCUCCGGGCAGAUAAAAAUGCUGACUUGGGUCCCGGCCAGUGGGAGCUGGAUUCUGUUUUGGUCGCAGCCGAGACAGCAGUGCGAGGUUUUUGCCAUUUGUGGGCCUUUUGGUAGCUGCAACGAGAAUGCGUUGCCCUACUGCAACUGCGUCAAAGGUUUCAGACAGAAAUUUCCGGAAGAUUGGGCAUUGAGUGAUCAGAGUGGGGGGUGUGAGAGGAACACUCCUUUGCAGUGUAAUACCGGCAAUAACAGCUCUGCCAACGUGGAUCAAGAUAAGUUCUUUGAGAUGGAUAAUGUUAGAUUACCUGAUAAUCCUCAGGCUUUGCAGGUUGGGAGUUUGGAUGAAUGUGAGCUUGCUUGCUUGAACAACUGCUCUUGCACUGCCUAUUCUUAUGAAAGUGGAUGUUCUCUUUGGUUUGGAGAUUUGCUUAAUCUUCAGGAGCAGUAUGGAAGUGGGACCGGUGGAGGAACGCUUUAUCUCCGUUUAGCUGCUUCUGAGCUUCCGACUCAAAAGAGCCAAAAGAACAUGGUUGUCGGCAUUGUCACCGGUGUUGUUGCCGCCUGUUUGCUCUGCGGGGCCAUUGUAUGGGUUCUUGUUUGGAGAAGGAGAAAAAAAGCAUUGCUGAACGCUUCAAAGACUAUGGAAAGUGGUCUGAUGGCUUUCAGAUACAGUGACUUGCAACGUGUGACCAAGAACUUCACACAGAAACUAGGAGAAGGAGGCUUUGGUUCUGUGUUCAAAGGUGUUCUGCCUGAUUCCACUGCCAUUGCUGUGAAGAAACUUGAAGGGCUUCGUCAGGGUGAGAAGCAAUUCAGAACAGAGGUGAGCACCAUUGGAACCAUCCAACAUGUCAACCUUGUUCGCCUUCGUGGAUUCUGCACCGAAGGCACCAACAGACUGCUUGUCUAUGACUACAUGCCCAAUGGUUCUCUUGAUACUCUGCUUUUCUCUAGCAAAACCUCUCCUAAGGUUCUCAACUGGAAAACAAGGUAUCAGAUUGCUCUGGGGACAGCCAGGGGAUUGUAUUAUCUCCAUGAGAAGUGCAGGGAUUGCAUCAUACAUUGUGAUAUCAAACCGGAGAACAUACUCUUAGACGAUUCAUUUGUUCCAAAAGUAGCAGAUUUUGGGCUUGCAAAACUUAUGGGCAGGGACUUUAGCAGAGUCUUGACAACCAUGAGAGGAACCAGAGGAUAUCUUGCACCAGAGUGGAUUACUGGUGUGGCUAUCACUGCUAAAGCUGAUGUUUAUAGUUAUGGUAUGAUGCUUUUUGAGAUCAUAUCAGGGAUGAGGAACUCUGAGCAAGUAGGGGAAGGUAGGGGUGCUUUCUUUCCAACACGGGCAGCAGGUAAACUCAUUGAAGGUGAUGCCUUUAGUUUGUUAGACACAAAGUUGGAAGGCGAUGCAAACCCGGAGGAGGUCACCAGGGUAUGCAGAGUUGCUUGUUGGUGUAUUCAGGAUGAUGAGACCUUGAGACCAACAAUGGGUCAAGUUGUUCAGAUUUUAGAGGGUGUUCUUGAAGUUGAUGUGCCUCCCAUACCAAGGUCUCUCCAGAUUUUGUCUGAAAACCCCCCUGAGAACAUAAUCUUCUUCUCUGAUUUGUCUUCAAAUCCAAGUUCUCAGAUGCAGACUUAUACGUCUGAUAGUUCUCAGAAUAAAACCACAUCCUCUACGAGUUCUGGAAACCCUUCUUGAGAUUGGGAGAAGUGGUUUACAGUUCCUCUUCUUUGACGCUUUCUUACUUGUGAACAUGUAUUUUGUAUUUUACAGAUGAGAUGCUAAUUAUUUGAUACAUUUGACUGUAAUGUAAUUUAUUCCUCUGUUUAUAUCCAACCUAUAAUAACAGUAUACAGACAAACUGAUUUCAUGUCCAACAGUACUGUAAAAGCGAAGCAGCA